GUUUGGACAUCUAACGGCUAAUAAGCGACUUAAAUAUCCCCAAAUUAAAGACUCGAGACUCGAUCGACUUACCCUUCUUCUGAGAAUUGAUUCCGACUUGGGCUUGUUUGGGGAGAAGGAAAAAGAGAGAGAAAAGCAAUGGGAGGUGGCCAUGGACAAGGCACGACCUACAAGGGCUUAACGAUGUACCCACCUAAGCGGUGGCACGUAGUUACUGGCAAGGGCAUGUGUGCUAUGAUGUGGUUUUGGGUUCUGUACAGAGCCAAGCAAGAUGGCCCUGUAGUCUUGGGUUGGAGACAUCCUUGGGAGGGCCAUGGUGACCACGGGCAUGAUGAGCAUUAGGCAAUUCUGAAUAAAGUGCGUGUGAAGUGAAAUCACAAGGGCUUUGUUCAUAGAUGUCUUUUUGGAACUUCUUUGUUAUAAGUUCAAUAAAAUGAAUUGUUUAUAAAGGCCUAUGCUUUUGGAAACCAAACUCCUUUGAGAUCGUUUGCUUGUUAUGCUUUUAUUAAAACACUCGUGGAGUUGAAUUCGCAAUUUAAUCA